AGACCAACCUCUGUGAAGGCACAAGAGGAGAACUGAGUGGUUGCAGUGAGUUUGAAAUGGCAGGGUCCGGAUCUGGGCUCAAGGAGAGUUCCGGCUGUGGGGCAGGACUGCUGGGUUGGUGGAGGAACGAGGAGCAGGUGGACCCAGGACUCCGAGCUCCACGGGGCCGCCUCGGACCGCUGUCAAGUCUAAAACCUUCCAACAGGAACAGGAAGGUGGGGGACCAGGCCUUCAAGAGCCCACGGCCUUAUAAGUUAACCCACCAGCUCCUCUGCAUCGACAACCUAAACUUUGAGAGAAAAUCUGUUGUGGGGUUUGUAGAACUGACUGUAUUGCCUACAGUUGCAAACUUACACAGAAUCACCUUGAACAGCAAGCAGUGUAGAAUAGCCCGAAUAUGCAUCAAUGAUUUAGAGGCUGCUUUUAGUUACAAAGAUCCAACCUUGGAAGUUUGCCACAGUGAAUCAAAACGGCGAGAUCUCAAUUCGUUUUCUCAUACUUAUGCGGCUGCCGUUACUGCUGUUGAUCCCGAAGUAGGAAACGGAGAACUUUGCAUUAAGGUUCCAUCGGAGCUGUGGGAAGACGUUGCCCAGUUAAAGGCCCUGAAGAUACACAUUACUUUUUUGUUGGAUCAGCCCAAAGGAGGUCUUCAUUUUGUGGUACCCAGGGUGGAGGGCACUAUGGCAGAGAGAGGAGCUCAUGUCUUCUCUUGUGGCUAUCAAAAUUCCACAAGGUGUUGGUUCCCGUGCGUUGAUUCAUCCUCGGAACUGUGUACAUGGAAACUGGAAUUUACAGUAGAUGCUACCAUGGUGGCAGUGUCCAAUGGAGAUCUGGUAGAGACAGUAUAUAGCCACGGUAUGAGGAAGAAGACCUUCCACUAUAUGCUUACAACUCCUACAGCAGCCUCAAAUAUCUCCUUGGCCGUUGGACCUUUUGAAAUACUCGAAGAUCCACACAUGCGUGACGUGACUCAUUUUUGUUUACCUCCACUUCUUCCAUUGCUUAAGCAUACCACAUCUUCCCUUCAUCAAGUGUUUGAGUUUUAUGAAGACGUUCUUUCGUGUCGCUACCCCUACUCCUGUUUUAAGACGGUGUUCGUUGAUGAGGCUUACGUGGAAGUGGCGGCCUACGCUUCCAUGAGUAUUUUCAGCACCAAUCUCCUCCACAGUGCCAGGAUUAUAGAUGAGACGCCUCUGACUAGGAGGUGCUUAGCCCAGUCCGUGGCCCAGCAAUUUUUUGGAUGUUUUCUAGCCAGAAUGUCUUGGUCCGAUGAGUGGGUGCUGAAAGGAAUUUCGGGCUACCUUUACGGACUUUGGGUGAGAAACACUUUUGGUUUUAAUGAAUACCGCCAUUGGAUUAAGGAGGAGCUAGAUAAAGUCGUGGCCUACGAGCUGAAAACCGGGGGGGUUCUACUACAUCCUCUACUUCAUGGAGGAACAGAGAAGGAUAACCCAGCACCCCACCUACACUUUUCGAUAAAGCACCCGCACACUCUGUCCUGGGAGUACUAUGCUAUAUUUCAGCGUAAAGCUCACCUGGUGAUGAGAUUGAUUGAAGAUAGGAUCGGGAUGGAAUUUAUGCUACAGGUUUUCCAUAAACUGUUAAGCCUGGCCAAGGCUGCUUCAGCUCAGAAGUUCCAUUCUCACAGGUGGAGGCGGAUGUUGCUUUCCACAUCUGGAUUUUUGAAAUCCAUUUCCAAUGUCUCUGGCAAAAAUAUCCAGCCCUUAAUAAAGCGAUGGGUAGACCAGAGUGGAGUAGUAAAAUUUUAUGGAACUUUUGCGUUUAAUAGAAGACGCAACGUCUUAGAACUGGAAAUAAAACAAGAUUAUACAUCCCCUGGGACCCAGAAAUACGUGGGACCACUUCAAGUGACAGUACAGGAGUUAGAUGGAUCUUUUAGUCAUACGCUGCAGAUCGAAGAGAACAGCCUGAAACAUGACAUCCCUUGCCAUUCCCAAAGCAGAAGGCAUAAGAAGAGAAAAAUCCCACUGCCGAAUGGGGAAGAAGUGGACAUGGAUCUUUCUGCCAUGGAGGCAGAUUCUCCUUUGCUAUGGAUAAGAAUAGACCCAGAUAUGUCACUGCUGAGGAAGGUCGAGUUCAAGCAAUCCGAUUUUAUGUGGCAAUAUCAACUCCUGUAUGCAAGGGAUGUGGUCGCUCAGCAGGACUCCAUCUUGGCCUUGGAGAAGUUUCCUACACCCAUGUCCCGCCUCGCACUCACUGACAUCUUAGAACAAGAGCAGUGUUUCUACCGGGUGAGAAUGUCAGCUUGCUUCUGUCUGGCCAAGAUUGCAAAUUCGAUGGGGAGCAUAUGGACGGGACCACCGGCAAUGAAAUCACUCUUUACCAGGAUGUUCUGUUGUAAAACUUGCCCAAACAUUGUGAGAACAAACAACUUCAGGAACUUCCAAAGUUAUUUUCUACAAAAGACUAUGCCAGUUGCAAUGGCUUUGUUAAGAGACGUUCACAACCUCUGUCCCAAAGAAGUCUUCACAUUCCUUUUAGAUCUAAUCAAGUACAAUGACAACAGAAAAAAUCAGUUUUCCGAUAACUAUUACCGUGCAGAACUGAUUGCUGCUCUGGCCAACUCUGUUACCCCUGCAGUCAGUUUUCCCCUUAGCACAGGGCAGAACUUAAAUCCUGACGUGCAACUCAUUCUGGAGGAAAUCACCAGGUGCUUGAAUAUGGAAAAACUACUUCCAAGUUACAGAUAUACCAUCACUGUCAGUUGCUUGAGAGCCAUAAGGGUGCUUCAGAAGAACGGACAUGUGCCCAGUGACCCAGCCCUUUUUAAGUCUUAUGCCGAAUAUGGCCAUUUUGUGGACAUCAGGCUAGCGGCUUUGGAAGCCCUCAUUGACUAUACUAAAGUAGACAGGAACUAUGAAGUACUGCAGUGGCUGCUUACUAUGGUCCAGAACGAUCCUGUACCCUACGUAAAGCAUAAGAUCCUCCGCAUGUUGACUGAGAACCCACCAUUUACCAAGACCAUGGCGUCUCCCUUAGGCAAUGAAGCCCUGGUAGAUCAACUUUGGAAACUUAUGAAUUCGGGUACUUCCCAUGACUGGAGGUUACGGUGCGACGCUGUGGACUUGUAUUUCACACUUUUUGGUCUCGGUAGACCUUCCCCUUUACCCUUGCCAGAGCUUGGGAUCAGUUCUUCAUCAAAAGAAAAAGAAGCUGUGUUGAAUCCUACCAUAAUUCCAGAGGUGCAAAUUGGAGUUCAGAGCCCAUUUUGAUUUUCCGAAGAUGAGAUUGAUAUGGAUACUGUUCAUGAGAGCCAGGACUUCAUUUCCUAUCAUCUGAACGUGCUUGAAAGGCCAUCAACUCCAGGGCUCCGGAAAUAUGGACCAGCUAGCUCCUGA